CUUUAUUUAUAAAAUCGAAUCAGGUUCUUCAAGCAGCUUUUGGCGUAUAUCGGCCUACAUCAGAUGGCCUUGUCUCUUUUUCGUUUCAUUUCUGCACUUGGAAGAACACAGGUUGUAGCAAGUGCUCUUGGUACAUUUUCGUUGCUACUAGUUUUUGUACUCGGUGGAUUUAUAGUUGCAAAAGAUGACAUUCAGCCAUGGAUGAUAUGGGGUUAUUACAUCUCCCCCAUGAUGUAUGCACAAAACGCCAUUGCGAUCAAUGAGUUUUUAGAUGAUAGAUGGAGCAGACCAAACCCAGAUACACGAAUUAAUGAACCAACUGUAGGAAAGGUUCUUCUCAGGGCUAGAGGAAUGUUCACAUCUGAGUAUAUGUUUUGGGUUUGCAUUGUUGCGCUUUUCGGGUUUUCACUUCUCUUUACUCUCUUCUUUGUGUUAGCUCUAACAUACCUAAACCCUCUCGGAGAUUCAAAGACAGUUGUCCCGACAGAAGAUGAGCACAAUCAGAAGCACCCACAAACAGAAACAGAAACAGAAAUGACAACAAGUAGCAGCAAAAAGAAAGGAAUGGUGCUUCCAUUUAAGCCAUUAUCACUUGCAUUUGAUCAUGUCAAUUACUAUGUGGACAUGCCAGCUGAAAUGAAAGCGCAAGGAAUUGAAGAUGAUCGUUUACAACUGCUAGAAGAUGUCAGCGGUGCAUUCAGGCCAGGAGUCCUGACAGCACUGGUUGGUGUAAGUGGGGCCGGAAAGACCACAUUGAUGGACGUCCUAGCUGGAAGAAAGACCGGUGGGUACAUCGAUGGAAACAUCAGCAUCUCCGGUUUCCUUAAAAAGCAAGAAACUUUUGCACGUGUGAGCGGAUACUGUGAACAAAACGACAUCCAUUCUCCACAUGUCACUGUUUAUGAGUCACUUGUGUACUCUGCCUGGUUGCGUCUUUCUCCAGACGUAACCUCACAAACAUGCCUUAUGUUUGUGGAGGAAGUCAUGGAUUUGGUAGAAUUGAGCCCAUUAAGGAAUGCAUUAGUGGGCCUUCCAGGAGUAGAUGGGCUUUCGACUGAACAGAGAAAGAGACUUACAAUAGCUGUAGAACUAGUUGCCAAUCCAUCAAUUAUCUUCAUGGAUGAGCCCACAUCGGGACUUGACGCAAGAGCCGCUGCUAUUAUCAUGCGUACAGUCAGAAACACGGUAGAUACGGGAAGAACCGUUGUUUGCACAAUUCACCAACCUAGUAUCGACAUAUUUGAAGCUUUUGAUGAGUUAUUGUUGAUGAAAAGAGGUGGAAAGGUUACUUACACUGGACCUCUAGGACGCCAUUCUCACCUGCUAAUAGAGUAUUUUGAAUCUAUUCCAGGGGUUAACAAAAUAAAAGAUGGUCAAAAUCCGGCCACAUGGAUGCUCGAUGUUACUUCUGCAACAAUCGAAGCCCAACUUGGUGUUGAUUUUGCAGAGAUCUAUGCCAACUCAGAUAUGUAUAAGAGGAACCAAGAGCUAAUUACCGAGCUAAGUAAACCAACACUAAGCUCCCAGGAUCUUCACUUCCCGACAAAGUACUCGCGGUCCAUUUGGACACAAUGCUUAGCUUGCUUAUGGAAACAACACUGGUCUUACUGGAGGCAUCCACAGUAUAAUGUUGUAAGGUUAUUCAUGACAACAGUGGUCGGCGUUCUCUUUGGAGUGAUUUUCUGGAAGAAAGGCCAAAAAACGGGUCAACAACAAGAUGUAAUGAAUCUUAUGGGGGCUAUGUAUGCUGCAGUCAUGUUUCUUGGUGGAACAAACACUUCAGCCGUGCAGACCGUUGUGUCUGUAGAAAGAACGGUCUUCUACAGGGAGAAAGCAGCAGGGAUGUAUUCUGCAAUCCCUUAUGCAUUUGCUCAGGUGACCAUUGAGGUGGUGUAUGUAGGCAUCCAAACGUUAAUUUAUAGUCUUUUGAUUUACUCAAUGAUCGGGUUCCAUUGGUCUGCUGCCAAUUUCUUUUGGUUCUACUUCUACAUAUUCACGUGCUUUGCUUAUUUCACGUUAUACGGGAUGAUGCUUGUAGCUCUCACACCAAACUAUGAGAUUGCAGCCGUUACAAUGACGUUUUUCCUUAAUUUCUGGAACUUGUUCUCUGGUUUCAUGAUUCCCAGAACGCAAAUCCCAAUAUGGUGGAGGUGGUAUUAUUGGGGUUCACCUGUGGCGUGGACUGUAUACGGCCUCAUAACAUCUCAACUGGGUCAAAACGAAGGACUAGUGGAGAUUCCAGGCCAAAAUUCUGUGACAGUGAAGGAAUUCAUUAAAGAUUUCCUCGGGUACGAGUAUGACUUUCUCGGAUAUGUUUGUUUGGCUCACAUUGGUUGGGUCGUUCUCUUCGGCAUCGCCUUUGCAUAUGGCAUCAAGUUUCUAAACUUCCAAAGAAGAUAGACAAAUUCUAAACACUGUAUAUGAAUAUUAAAACUUCCAGAAACAUAUAUUCUUUAGUCAUCAUUUUCUUUGCAAAA